UAGUCUUCUUCUUUUUCGGCUGUUCAGCUGGGGAUAUUACAAAAAAAAAAGAACGAAAAGGGGGGAAGAAAAUUGAAAAUACGAAAAUCAUCAUGGCUACAUCGACGCUGCAGCUGGAAUUUUCGCAAGCAAUGGCCGACUUCAAGAAGAUGUUCCCCGACAUUGACCGCGAAGUGAUUGAGGCUGUGCUGCGCGCUAAUUUGGGCGCCGUGGAUCAAACAAUCGACCAACUGCUUGCGAUGUCAACUGACAACCAGAACGAAAAACUGCGCAAUGAACUGGAUGCUAAUGUCUCACCACAACAGAGUCUCAUCAAUCUAAACGAUCCGGACAAGGAACUGCGACGCAAUCAGCAGCAGCAGCCGCAGCUCAUUGACACCACAGAUGGCGUCGCCAGCAAUACGACAGAGAGCAGCGCUGCCGCAGCCGCAGCCGGUCACACAUUGCUCAGCACAGCAAACACAGCGUCGCCGCAUCACAAUACGGGCGCCUCGCCCAAGCAACGUCCGCUGGGCGCCUCAAAUAAAUUGAAUGCCAGCGGCAGCUUGAACAACACGCCCACCAAGCGCAGUAGCAACAGCAGCACCAACAACACAAAUCGACGCUGGAAUCCACCGAUUUUGGGUGUGUUACCAGCUGGAUUUUUGCGAAUUACUCCAGCAGCUGGACAACAGGAUUUUGAGCUGCCAGAUGAGCAGUUUGCUCUUAUGCUGCAAAAUGAAGAGUUUAUGAAUCAGUUGCGAUGGAAUCAGGACUUUAUGAAUGCGCUGGAAAAGGAGCAAAGUGGCAAAUCGAAAGGCGAGGAUGAUGCACCGUUCCAGGAGAGGCUGAAGAAUAUGGGCAAAAUGUCGCGCAAGAAAUUCCUACAAAUGGCGCGUGUCUUCACCUGGCAGCGGAAUAAAAAGGUGACCACUGCCAAACAAAUUGAUUCGCUGCCAUUGCGUGAAGAGCCCAGCGACGAUGAAGAUCAUCAUCAUCAUCAUCAGCAGCAUCAACAACAACAGCAGCAGCAGCAGCAACAGAGCCAAGAGCAGCAUUCACAACAACAGAGCCAAGUCCAACAGCAGCAACAGGGUCAAUUGCAGUUGCGAAAGUAAAGACCAGGAGCCUUGUGUCGAGGGUUCCUUUUGUUUGUUAUCUUAUAUACAUAUUUAUACUUAUCCUUAUCUUAUUAUCUCAUUGGGCCAUAAAAAGCACAUACGUCAAGGUCGCUCUGAUUACUCAGAUGUAUGCGUAAACUCGCAGCUAACAAACGUAAUCUCCUCCUCCCCUUCUCACAAUACGAAAAGAACCGUAGUAAUCUCAAUGCAACAAGAAAUAAUCAUUACUAUAUAUGUUAUAUAUGAUUCUAGUUCAAAAAAUGUCACCUAAUAACCUAAAGUGCAAUUUCUCCCCACACUCCCAGUGCAAUAUUAUAAUGUGAAUAUUUUAUAUACAUA